GUGAAUAUAAUGAGAGGGAUCUAUCUCGCCUGUUGUAUUUUGGCGAUUCUAAUUAUAUGCAUUUUCUUGGAUAACAUUCGUUUGGAGAAAGAAACAGGACGAAGAAGCUUCAGCAUAAGUUUGGUUGCAGAGACUCUACGACAUUGUUGGUUGUCUACAGAACAGAAGCUGUUGAUUCCGUUAACAAUAUACAGCGGUAUUGAACAAGCCUUUAUUCUCAGUAGCUACACAAGUGCUUACAUCACGUGUUCGCUCGGAGUGUGGAAUAUUGGUUAUAUUAUGAUCAGCUUUGGCGUCGUUGAUGCAAUAUGUUCUUUCUCGUUCGGUAGAAUGGUACAAUGGGUUGGCCAUAUUCCAUUCUUUGUACUUGCCACAAUUGUUCACGGCGGGCUCCAGAUCUUUUUACUCGUAUGGACACCUGAUCCAAAUAAGGUUGUCAUAUUUUACGUAAUUUCCGGUUUAUGGGGGAUGGGAGACGCCGUUAUCCAGACCCAGAUUAAUGCGCUUUACGGUUUCCUCUUCAGUGACAACACAGAAGCUGCCUUCGCAAACUACCGUCUCUGGGAAUCCGUUGGCUUCGUCAUGACAUUUCUCUACUCGACACAUGUAAAUAUCGCUAUCAGACUCUACAUCUGCCUCGGUUUUCUCUUUUUUGGCAUGACAGGCUACGCAGUUGUCGAGGUCAUCAUACGAGGGCGCUCCAAGAAAUCAUUCAAAGUGAACAAAUAGCAAAUUUUUACAACAACAAAACCGCGGAAAUAAUCAUGAGGGGAAAAAAAGUGAACAAUGACGUAGACAUUAAAAAAAUUGACGUAAAUUUUAUUCAAAACAAACAUAUAAACAUCAGAAAAAGCGACGCCAUCUUUAAAUUAACAAACAACGUUAUUCAGAAAAGUAACGUGAGGUUUAGAAAGAAAAAACAUUGGGACCUAAAAUAUUUCACGUUAGAUUUAAAGGAGCAAAUAUGAUGCGAAGGUUUAGGAAAAUACGAUUCACAUAAAAUAAUUCUAUGCCAAAAGUGAUCAAAUAUUUAGACGUAAAAAAUUGACGUUAGGUUUAAAAUCACACACACGCACACACACACACACACACACACACACACACACACACACACACACACACACACACACACACACACACACACACACACACAUCUGUAUAUGGAUAUAUAUCUAUAUCUUUCUAUCUAUCUAUCAUUGUAUCUAUCUAUCUAUCUAUCUAUCUAUCUCAAUCAAUCAAUCAAUCAGGCGGAAUAAAAAGUGAGCAACAUUUUGAAAGAUGAAAUUCAUCACAAUAUACUUCAA